CGCGUCCUCUCACUGUGUCACCGCGGUCCCGCCGGCACGCAACGUUUUCGUGAUCUGUCUUCUUUAAUACUGUCAUUGACACCUACCAGUCCAAAAUGUCGGCAAUUCUCCAGCAUAAAGCCUUCAGUAGCUCAAGCUCUGCCUCCUUCUCUAGUUCAGGCGGAGGUCGCGCCGGUGGAAGCGGUGGGGGCUUCGGUGGCGGCGCAAGUUUCGGUGGCGGCGGAGCCCGGGCGAGCUUCGGCGGAGGGGCUCGCAGCUCAGGCUCCUCCAGUUUCAGCAUGGGAGGCCGCAGCGGAGGAAGCUUUGGAGCUCGUGCUGGAGGAGGAGCCCGUAUGAUGGGCGCGGGAAGAGCUGGAGGCGGUGGUGGACGGAGCUAUGGAGGCUCCUCCAUGACGGCAGAGCAGGCCACGCAGAUGCUCGUCAGCCUCGGAGAAGUCCGCGUGGAUCGGUCUGGUGACAAGGACGAGCUGGCCGGGCUGAACGACAGAUUCGCCACCUUCAUCAACAAGGUGCGCUACUUGGAAGAGAUGAAUCGUAAGCUUACCUUACAACUGGAGAUGGUACAGAAGAAGGCGGGCGCGGGAGGACCAGACAUCAACAAGAUGUGGGAGGCAGAGCUGAACAACAUCAGGAAGCUGAUCGAGGUGGUCAACAACGAAAAGAACGCCUUGAACUCCGAGAAAGACGGGCUACAGGGAGAGGCUGCUACUCUUAAAGCAAGCUAUGAGGAGGAGAAGACACGCAAUGAAGGCCUGCAGGACGAGAUUACAGCUCUGAGGCCUGACGUGGAUAACGUGAGUGUUGAACGUGUGGAUCUGGAGGCCCGCCUGGACACCAUCAAGGCAGAGAUCGACUUCCUGAAGGAGGUGUACGCGGCGGAGCUGGAUGCCCUUCGAGGACAAAUCAUUGACGAUGGUCCCGGUGGGGGAAGUAUGACUGUUGACCUCGGCGGUGCCCCAGACAUCGACUUCCAGAGCAUCUUGGAUGAAGUGCGCGCCCAGUAUGAAGCUCUGGCACUGCAGUCUAAGCAGGAGACACAGGGCUGGUACGAUACAAAGGUCCAGGGGCUGGCGCAGCAGCAGGGCCAGGCCGGCCGCGGGUUGGACGACGCACGCGCGGAGCUGAGUAAGAUGACAAGCGAGCUGAAGAGGCUCCAGGCACAGAUUGAAGCUGCCAAGGCCAGGAAUGCCCAGCUUCAGGACCAGUUGACUGCUGUUGAGGAACGCGGAGUGAAGCAGUUGGAAGCUAAACAAGAGGAGAUCACCAAGCUGGAGGAGGAGCUGACCACCCUUCGCAGUAAGAUCAAGGAGCAGAUGGUGGAGUACCAGGCCCUCAUGGCGGUCAAGAUGGCCCUGGAUGUCGAGAUCGGCGCAUACCGGAAACUUCUGGAGGGCGAGGAGGGUCGUUUCGGACAAGGACUGGCGGUGGGCGGCGGUGGCGGCGGCGGCGGCGGUUUCAGCUCUAGCAGCGGUUUCAGCUCUGGCGGCGGUUUCAGCUCUGGCGGCGGCGGAGGUUUCAGCUCUGGCGGCGGCGGAGGUUUCAGCUCUGGCGGCGGCGGCGGUUUCAGCUCUGGCGGCGGCGGUGGAGGCAGCUUCCAAAUGUCAGCUGCUUUCGGGCGGACCUAGAGAGCAACAUUACCAGCGGCUGAGGCCACUAGGACGCUCCCAAAGGGUGAUCGGGCUAAAUCUCAGCAGUGCAUCUACAAUUUCUACUUUUUCACUUUUUGUUUCUUUGCAAACCGUGUUAUCCACUGUAAUCACAAUGUGUAGAUCACAUCGCCAGAUUAAGUCGCAUAGCUGAGAGCUCUUAAAUAUUGGGAUAUUGUAAGCUAAGUGUAAUGCCUGAAGAUAAACUUAAUUUGAUGCAAAUGGAAAUUAUUUCCUCUGUACACCUCGACUGCAACAAUGUUUUGAAGUGUUUUGCAGUUAGUUUCAGAAAUGUCAUUUCAUUCGGCUGCAUGGAAAUGUUAUAGUGUUAGACUUAGAUACACAUUUGUAACUAAGUGCGUUUUAGUGUAAGAAACGUCUUUCUUCUGCUGGUGUUAUUUGCAUUUCACCACAUUCUAUAGUCCGGUAAUAAAAAGGGGCAAGUGCGGGAA